GGAGUACCAAAGUGCUUGUUUUCACAAGGGCAAAAUGCGUCUUUUACGCCUUACGCACGAUCCAGAAGUCCAUUAUCUGCCCUUUGCACGGCUCUCCCUUUAAAUUUCCAAUCAGUAGACGUGAGCACUGAGUUGAACUUUGAGACCUACUAGAUAGCAGACGUGUUGGAGCAGCAGUGUUGUUUCAUCACAGAUCAAAAGGCAAUGGGCUGACACACUUUAAUUACCUCCGUCCCUCGAUGGCAGUGGAGAGGACACUGGCUUCUAACAUGCCUCGCUUCCCAACCAAGCGUGUUUAGCAGAUAAUAUUUGGAUCUGGACAUUUCUUUCUAACUAAAGAGGUCAAACAACUGGUUUUCAACAAUGAGGCCUCCGGUGGAAGUCAGCGUGUUGAUCCUUUCUCUUUCGGCUCCUGGAGUUUUUAUCACCAUGAACAACGUCCCUGCGCUUCAGGAACCUCUUCCGAUCCUGGGAAUGGGAAUGCUCAUCCUGGGACUUGUUCUUCUUCUCCUUCUCCUCACUGUGCGGAACCUGAAGAAAGUGGACCCCUUAUUCUACGUAUUUGCAGGGUUUUCCUUCUCCUGCAUGGUGUUCCUGACCAAUGCUUUAGAGCAGGAUGGGUUCAUCUCUGGCUUCAUGGCCUUCUACCUAAAGACGGGUGAGCCUCAUCUAAGAACCGCCUACGCUGUGAUGACGUCUUACUGGGAAGGUGUCGUUCACUUGCUCCUCUUCCUCACCAUCAUCCACCGCAUGUUCAAAGGGAAGUCCUAUCGUAGCCUGGGGCUGCUGUGGGCCGGAUCCUCCAUCGGCCAUCAAAUUGUACACAUCCCCGGAGUGGUUAUUGGUAAAUACGGGUCCAACAUUCAACCAGCCUUUUGGAGGAAUGUCCCCUUCUUCUUGGUGCCUUUCUGGGCGGCCUCGCUGCUAUUUAGCCGACCCAGAGAGAUGCCAGUCGUAACAGCAGACAAGAUCAUAGCAGAGCAGAAGAAAGGAUUGCUGUCUCGACCUGUAGACCUGCUUCUGUCUCUUCUGUUGCUUGGAGCGAUGGCCUUCUCUGUUUUCAGAGGUUUUGUGGUGCUGGACUGUCCUCUGGACGCGUGUUUCACCUACGUCUACCAGUACGAGCCCUACCUUAAAGACCCUGUUGGCUUUCCAAGAGUUAUGGUCAAUGCUGGUGUAUCUUUUCUAUGCUCUGCCCCUGCUGACUGUCUUCACCUAUGGUCUGAAAACACCUGGAUGCAGCUGGAUGUUGGACUGGACCAUCUUCUUAGCUGGGGCCAUGGCUCAGACCCAGUGGUGCCAUAUCGGAGCAUCUCUGCACUCCCGCACUCCCUUCACGUACCGGGUCCCAGCGGACAAAUGGUGGCCUUUUAUCACCCUCAAUGUGCUGCUGGCUGCUGUGCCGGCUCUGCUGGCCCUGCGCUGCCACAACAACCCCACUUAUUUCCUGAAACCUGUUCCCGAGGGACAGACCAACAACGAAAAGAAGAAAAACUAGACUAGACUGCACACCAGCCACGGACUGUUGAGGAAUACUUCACCGCUGUGCUGAGGCUAAUGUUUUCUGAGGACUCUCUUUGGCGCACAAACUGUAUUAAACACACAUUAUCAACUUUAACUCAGAUGAAAUCUUAAAAAACAGUCAGAAAUUAGUCACCUUGCGCAGCAGCAGCAGCACUCCCUGCAUGAACUAUUGGACUCUGAUAAGAAGGCUGUUGAUUGAGUUGUGGACUGUGAUCAGAUUUCCGGUGACUCGUGUAGAUAACCAGUUGGUAGUUUCCCUAAAUAAGACUAUUAACAUGGAUCAUACAGUUUGGCAACGCAUUACUGGAGCGUAACAGUCAUCUUUUUGUGGGCAGAAAUCCACACUACAGCUGGAAGUUGGUUUCUACUGACCUUAAAUUCAGGUUUAAUUGUUUAAAACAGUGUAGAAGACUCAAUGAAUGCUUAAAAUGCAAUUAAACUAAAAGUUGAGGACAAGUUAGAUAAUAGCAGAUGCUGUUCAAAUGGAGAAUUUGAUGGGGCCCUGUAUUGUGUCAAAAAAUGUGAUGACAUUCAUUCUGUCACCGGGCAGCAACCAACAAUCACAUUCUUAAUUAUUUAAUCAUUUGGUCUGGAAAAUAAUG